GCCAUGAAAUUUGCACUUACAGUUGUUUUGGUAGUCACCAAAUGUGCUGUUUUUGCAGCUGUAACAAACCAAUGGGAUCAGCCGACGAGCAAAAUUGUCGGGGGACAUGAAGCCGAACCACAUAGUCACCCUUACAUCGUAUCUCUACAAACAAGGUUCCUGUGGAUACGUGCGCAUAUAUGCGGUGGAUCACUCCUCAAUAAUUAUUGGGUGUUAACUGCAGGACAUUGCGUCAAGGAAUCCUGGUUGAUAAGAUGGCUCCCAAUGGACGUUGUAGCUGGAGCACACGAUGUGGACAACUUUGGGCCUAAAGCCCAAGUUAUGACUGUUGAACGACGUAUACCUCAUCCUUCCUAUGAUGGAGGCAUAGGGCCAAAUGAUUUAGCACUACUUAGAGUAAAAAUACCGUUCACGUACACAGCAGCAAUUCAACCAGUGAAACUACCCGAAGGUUACAAAAUGGGUCCUGAAUCACUGACUCUAGCUGGUUGGGGAGUACUAAGGACUACAGUCUUCUUCCCAGAUCUUCCUAGUAAACUUCAAGAGGUGGCAGUGACAUAUAUACCGUACCAGGAAUGUUAUGAAGCGAUUGAUAACAUAAAAGAUGAUGAUGAGGAUAAUCCGUUGGAAGAAAAAUCAAACAUUUGUACCGGCCCAACAACUGGCGGCGUCGCUGCCUGCAAUGGUGAUUCCGGUGGACCUCUUGUACAAUAUGCUACGCAAGAUAUUGAAGACACAUCUGAUGAUGUUAUUGAACAAACAACUAAAGAGAAUCAAGAGUUUCAUCCAACUUCCAACUAUGAAGAUAACACAGUUGAUGAUAAUAGAGUUGAUGCGGGUUUAGUAGACAAAGUCGGUAGUUACCUUACAAAAAAAGCCACCCCAAAAACAGAGGAAAAUAGUAACGACAAAACUCCAGUAAUUUUAGGUAUCGUGUCGUGGGGAGCGUCACCGUGUGGCCAAAAAGGUGCACCCACAGUAUAUACAAAAGUAGCUCCAUUUGUUGAUUUUAUCAAACAAUACAUCGACAAGUAAGAAUUUCAUGAAACUAGAAAUAAAAUUUGUACUUUAUUCAAAUAAACUUAAAAUAUAUCUGUAUUUAAUUAACUUUAUUAAAACUAAAAUAAAUAAGAAUCACAUUUUUAA